UGACCAUACAAUCCCCUAGAAGCCAGGACAUGCACAUUGAUUCUUCUUUCUUUCUCUCCCUUUGCUAAUUUCCUCAGAAAACUCUCAGCAACUUCUGUCCAGCAACAUAGACGGUGUAAAACCACACACAUAUAUAUAUAUAACUCUCAUUUGUUAUAAUGUUUUCCACAAAACCCAUUUGAAUCUACAUCUCAAUUCUUUGUAUAUAUCACUACUACGUACGUACUAGCUAGUCUAUACAUAUAAAUAUAUAGAUUAUUUGUCAGAUGAGCAAAUUGUAUUUAGAGAUGGAACAUGCUCUCCAAUACUUCGACGAGAACGGUGAUGGAAAAAUAUCACCCUCGGAGCUAAGGAAUCGGCUUGGCGUAGUGGUUGGAGAUGAGCUUCCACUUAAAGAGGCAGAAGAGGCUGUGGAAUCCUUGGAUUUGGAUGGAGAUGGCUUCUUGGGAUUGGAUGAUCUUGUUCAUUUAAUGGAAUCCACUGACGGUGAGGAGGAGAAGUUGGAAGACUUGAGAAGAGCUUUUGGGAUUUAUGAUAUGGAGGGAAUUGGCUUUAUAACACCCAAAAGUUUGAAGAUGAUGCUUAGUAGAUUGGGAGAGUCCAAGUCCAUUGAUGAGUGCAAAGCUAUGAUCAAUUAUUUUGAUUUGAAUGGAGAUGGUGUUCUUAGCUUUGAUGAGUUCAGGAUUAUGAUGCAGUGAGUGAAGAAUUAGGAAAUUGUUAUCAUUUAAUUUAUUGUUACAAUUUUAUUUUUUGUAUGUGUGUAUAUAUGAAGUGCAACAAUACUCGUAUUUACUAUAUUAUUUUCUUGUUUGUGUUGAAA